GUACAGCUUUUGUCUCUACAAAGCAGCAAGCAAACCCUGCAUUGUGAUCUUAUUAGUCAAGAAUAAAGAGAAGACAGCCAGCUUCAAAUCCCCUCUUCCCCUCACAUAUACCAUAGCCAGUCAGCCGUUAGCGGUGUCAGUCCUAUCCAGAUUUAUUUUUUUUUUCGUCCACUUUCCUGAAAACAGUGCCACUGGUGAAAAACUGCAGACAGUUUCUGAGUGCAGAAGCUGCUUUACAGAGCCUGUGCAGGAGCAGACAAAAGCGCAGCUCCUCUCCUCUCUUUCUUCUCCCUCUUUUGCCUUCAGCGCUCAGAAUUGUUCCGGACAAAACCUCUGCUCUCCUGGAGUUUCACUGGCACCUUCUCGUAAUGGUGAGGGAGGUAUUAAUCUCUUCUUUUUAGAUGGAGGGGUUAAAUAAAGGACUAGAGGAUUAGAGAGUCUCUGUUCGGUGGCGUUCCUAUCAAAGCAUCUACAUGGAAAAUCUAUGCUCUAAAGAUCAGUGCUUAGCAGUAGACUUCAAGAAUUUAUUUACUUGAUUUACUUGUUUAAUUGUGUAUGUGCAUAUUUUUUACUUAUUUGGUAAUCCUUGUGGGCAUACACUGUAUCUAGUGCCGGAGCCUUGUUGCGCUUGGCUCUCGACAUCGAUUUAGAAAGAAUUUAGCAGCAGAAAGCUAAAAGAGCUCUGGACUUAAGUGGACACUUGCUUUCAUCCCCGGGGGUUGAUAACUGGAGAUGUGGCCUUGGUGUUAAGACUGCUUGAAACAACAGCCUCAGCAAAAACCGGGACAGAAGUACAUCGAUAUCUCAGAUUAACAUCAGGAGGUAGGAGUGACUGCAUGAGCAUUUAAAAAUAAAUACAGCACAAGACUGAAAACAAAAGAGGUGUUUGCAUUAGAAGUUAAUUACCUAAGAAAGGUAUAGUGUCCUGCUGUGUGCUACACCCCCUUCGCUUCAGUCACGGGCACUUAUCCUAAACAGCAAGCUGUGGAUACUUGUGAUGCUCCUUUGACAUCAUUCUGGAAUAAUCCCAACAAAGGAAGCCUCUGCAGUCUUGCGAGUUGAGUCUUCUUUCGCAAAGCAGAGGAAGUUGGCGUGGUGUUCAGUGAAGCUUGUGAACGUGCGCUCGUGCGUGUUUGUGUCCUCCACAGUGAAAGACCUGAGAAAACAAUCAGACAAAAAAAGCCAUGCAAGUCUCCAUCGCUUGCACAGAUCACAACUUGAAGGCUCGGAAUGGAGAUGACAGGCACAGCAAGCAGAACGCCACCAGCCCCAAUGUGGUCAAUGCAGCCAGAGCCAAAUUUCGGACAGUGGCGAUUAUUGCACGAAGUUUGGGGUCUUUCACUCCAAGACAUCACAUCUCCCUGAAGGAGUCCACAGCGAAGCUGACAGGAAUGAAAUACAGGAACCUGGGGAAGUCAGGGCUCAGAGUGUCGUGUUUAGGUCUUGGAACCUGGGUGACUUUUGGAGGUCAGAUUUCAGAUGAGGUGGCGGAACGGCUAAUGACAAUUGCUUAUGAGAACGGAGUAAAUCUCUUCGAUACUGCAGAGGUUUAUGCUGCUGGCAAAGCUGAGAUCAUAUUGGGAAACAUCAUCAAGAAGAGGAACUGGAGGAGAUCCAGUCUUGUGAUAACAACUAAGCUAUACUGGGGAGGAAAGGCAGAAACUGAAAGAGGACUUUCCAGGAAACACAUCAUUGAAGGAUUAAAGGGCUCUCUCCAGAGACUGCAGCUGGAGUAUGUGGAUGUUGUCUUUGCAAAUCGGCCGGACAGCAAUACGCCAAUGGAGGAGAUCGUGAGGGCAAUGACGUACGUCAUCAACCAGGGGAUGUCCAUGUACUGGGGGACGUCCCGGUGGACAGCAAUGGAGAUUAUGGAAGCCUACUCCGUAGCAAGACAGUUUAAUAUGAUCCCUCCAGUGUGUGAGCAGGCAGAAUAUCACCUGUUCCAGAGAGAAAAGGUUGAAGUCCAACUUCCAGAGCUUUAUCAUAAAAUAGGUGUGGGAGCGAUGACAUGGUCUCCUCUUGCCUGUGGCAUCAUCACAGGAAAGUAUGAAAAUGGAGUUCCAGAGACGUCCCGGGCUUCCAUUAAGUCGUAUCAGUGGUUGAAAGAUAAAAUACUGAGCGAAGAUGGGAGGAGGCAGCAGGCUAAACUGAAGGAGCUCUCACACAUUGCAGAAAAGCUUGGCUGCACGUUACCUCAGCUGGCCGUGGCCUGGUGUCUGCGCAAUGAAGGUGUCAGCUCGGUCCUGCUUGGAACAUCUAAUCCUGAGCAGCUUACGGAAAACCUAGGUGCUAUACAGGUACUCCCAAAGAUGACCUCUCACAUAGUUGCAGAAAUUGAUCACAUCUUGGGGAACAAACCCUACACCAAGAAGGACUACAGGUCGUAACCACAUGACUUUAGGGACGGUGACUGGAGAGACAUGAACCUGCUUCCCGAAUAGUCCCACUGAAACGUGGUCUGUGCAUCCCCCCCUGCCUUCUUCUGCUCAGAACAGUGUAAAAAAAAAAGCUGAGCUCUUGUAAGUGCAUGUUGUUGCUGAAAUAAGUGUGCCUGAAGUAUUUUUUAAAAAGCACAUCUAUAAAAUAUCAGACAAGGAUACUUUUGUAUUUUUGUUAUUACCUUCUUAAGCUGCAUAAAGCUUCCUUCCUGCGCGUCCAGUGUACAGUAAAUGUAACCCGUGCUUGAACGAGAAGGCACCAACCACUCUCCUCUGUACGGUAACUGGAACUAAUGCUACAAAGAGUACCAUGAAAAAAGUGGAGUGAAGUCAGCUAGAAAUACACACUGUAAACCCUCUCAUGUUUAAUGGCACUAACCACAAAGCCAUGAGUUCUUUGACGUGCAAGAGAAGUACCGCCAAAACUUGAUCUUACUGGGUCCUUUUGCAUUUAUUUAAAGAAAACUGCUUUUACCUUUUGCCUGCAAACUGCAGCAUUGAUUGCAAAUGUAAUGAUGAGAAUGUAUAAGCAGCUACAUUUUAAAGCCCCUGAAGACCACAGUUUAUCAUAUUGCUUGUUAUGGGGCUUUAGACUUAAGCAUGUUAUGGAACGAGACUGCAAGCGUGUAAAAUCUGUCUACUUUCAGAUAUCUUGUAAAUAAACGGCCAGGCCUCGCAGUUUAAAUAUACAAUAUAAAUAAAAUGUAUAGAAUUGUUCUUUACAGCAGCACAAAGGCAACCAGUAGAUUUUUUUCUCAAGACUUUUGUUUGUAAAUGUCAUACUUUGGCUUUAUUUGCAACAAGCAAAUUUACCAAUUAAAAAGCACAAAAUAAAAUCCCAUCCAAAAAUAAUAUAAAUUUACAGUCCUGUUGCUGCUCAGUGUUCUUAAUUUUACUCAUUCUUGGUACAUUGUGUUUUGUUCAUUUGAAGCCCACAGUACAGAGUGCCUUGAAAAAGCCUUUUCCUGGUGUUCAGUCUUUCAGGCCACCAUAGAGUUAUGUGGCAAUUUACCUGCUUUAAAAGAAAAUGUAAAUUACUCUGGAGAAAAAAAAAGAUCCAAGUCCUGUUUUUCUACAAUUUGUAAAACUAUAUGAUGGGAAGAAAACGUUAACUUCUCAGGCUCUUGAAAUGUGUUCUCUUUCAACCACUCAUGUGUUCCGUUACAAAACGACCAACUGUACAUAUCUCAGCUUCAAUAAAUAAAUGCACAAUGCAGAAAA